AAUAUAUGUGUAUAAUAUAUGACAUGUGUGUGUGGGGUCAGUGGGUCACAAUAAACACUGUACCCAACACGACCGAGUCGCCAACUCCUGUUUUUCCUUGAAUUCCUCUUCCUAUCUUACCACGCCGCACAUGACGACGGUUCUAUGCUGCAACGACGCCGCGCGGCCACACGUGCUGGUGAUUCCAUUCCCAGCGCAGGGCCACAUGAUCCCCCUCCUCGACCUAACCCACAACCUCAUAACUUCCAACCCCACCCUCACCAUUACUAUCCUCACCACCCCAAAAAACAAACCCCUCGUUUCCACUCUCCUCUCCUCCCACCCUUCGAUUCAAACCCUAAUCCUCCCCUUCCCCUCUCACCCUUCUCUCCCUCCCGGCAUCGAAAACGCCAAAGACAUGCCCCUCUCCAUUCGCCCCAUCAUGCUCUCUCUCUCCAACCUCCACCAACCUCUCACGAACUGGUUCCGCUCCCACCCUUCCCCUCCACGCUUCAUCAUCUCCGACAUGUUCUGCGGAUGGACCCAACCCCUCGCUUCCGAGCUCGGAAUUCAAAGACUCGUCUUCUCCCCCUCCGGCGCCUUUGCGUACUCCACCAUGUGCUUUCUCUGGAAGGAAACUCCAAAACGCGAAAACGAACAAGACCAAAACGAGGUCGUUUCGUUUCACAGGCUUCCUGAUUCCCCGGAAUACCCCUGGUGGCAAGUGUCUCCGUUGUUCCGCAGCUACCUGGAGGGAGAUUUGGAUUCGGAGAAGUUGAGGGAUUGGUUUCUCGGAAACAUUGCUAGCUGGGGACUUGUUCUGAAUUCAUUCGCGGAGUUGGAGAAGCCUUAUUUUGAGUUUCUGAGAAAGGAAUUGGGGCACGAUCGUGUGUGGGCGGUUGGACCGUUGCUCCCUGAGGACGCGAAUGAGGAGCGAGGAGGGUCGAGUUCGGUGUCCGUGAACGACGUCGUUUCUUGGUUGGAUGAAAAGGAAGAUUUAAAAGUGGUGUAUGUUUGUUUCGGGAGCAUGGCUAUUCUGUCCAAGGAUCAAACGGAGGCGAUUCAAACAGCGUUGGCCAAGAGUGGGGUCCACUUUAUAUGGUCAACCAAAGAAGCGGUCAACGGGAACCAAGAGACUGAUCGAAACGAGAGAGGGCUUGUGAUUAGGGGGUGGGCCCCGCAGGUGGUGAUUCUUCGGCACCGUGCGGUGGGCGCGUUCUUGACUCACUGCGGGUGGAACUCGGUGAUGGAAUCGGUGGUGGCGGGGGUGCCGAUGCUUGCGUGGCCUAUGACAGCGGACCAAUACACGGACGCCACGUUGCUCGUGGAUGAACUGAAGGUGGCAAAGAAGGUGUGCGAGGGGGAGAACACCGUUCCUGACUCGGACGUGUUGAGUCGAGUUCUGGCUGAGUCGGUGAGUGGAAACGGCGCGGAAGUGAGGCGGGCGUUGCAACUGAAGACGGCCGCGCUUGACGCCGUCAGAGAGGGUGGAAGCUCCGACAGGGAUUUGCGGUGUUUGAUGGAACGGCUACGUUUUCCGUUACAGUAGAUGAACGUCAAAGUUUGUGUUUCUGUGUAAGGGCGUUUGACGCCUUUUCAUUUUGUAAGGAAAAAAGAAAUUUAAAUAUAUUAUGCGAGAAUAUCAGAAUAUGAGUUUUUCUUUUUCAA